CGCCUUCACGACAACCACAGACGCAGCACACGCAGGGUCGCACAGCGAAGCAAGCAGGACCCAUAGCAGCCUCAAUUCGCCCACUCGAGCCUAUCGACCACCAGAGCACUGUGUGUAGAGACGCGCGACGGUUGCAGGCGGCACCACUAGCAAACAACCAUGUCCAAACGCCCUGCGUCCGAAGCCCUGGACGAGCUGCACGGCAUAGGCUCCCCGGCCUCGAAGCGCUCACGAUAUGAAGACAGCCUCAACGGCUCCGCAACGCCUGACGGGCACUUCAGCAAUGGCUUCGCGCCCGAAGGCAACCACACGAUAGCGCCGGGGGGCUCGGGCGAAGCGAUGCUGGACGACGACGACGACGAGCUAGAGCCAGCCAAGGCGCCGAUACGACAAGCCGCGCCCACGGCGGGCUACGACGACCUGUACCUCGACACGAUCGACCGCAACGUGCUCGACUUUGACUUUGAGAAGCUUUGCUCCAUCAGCCUGUCCAACAUCAACGUGUACGCGUGCCUCGUGUGCGGCAAGUACUUCCAGGGGCGCGGGCCGAAAUCACACGCCUACUUCCACGCGCUGGAUGAGGGCCACCACGUCUUCAUCAACAUGCAAACGCAAAAGGUGUACGUGCUGCCCGAGGGCUACGAGGUCAAGAGCAAAUCGCUGGACGACAUCAAGUACGUGUCGGACCCCCGGUAUACACGCGAGGAGGUCAUGGAGCUCGACCGCAAGCCGCGCAAGGCGUUCACAUUUCAAGGGAAAGAGUACACGCCCGGGUACGUGGGGAUGAACAACAUCAAGGAAAACGACUACCUCAACGUCGUGGUGCAGGCGCUGUCCCACGUGGCGCCGCUGCGGAACUAUCUCCUGCUCGAGGAUCUCUCGUCGCGGACGGAGCUGGUGCGGCGGUGCAGCAUCCUGUUCCGCAAGAUAUGGAACCCGCGCGCGUUCAAGAACCACGUCUCCCCGCACGAGCUGCUCCAGGAGAUUGCACUUCUGUCCAAUAAGCGCUUCACUCUGACGGCGCAGUCAGACCCUGUAGAGUUCUUGUCCUGGUUCCUUAACAACCUGCAUCUGGGCCUGGGCGGGAGCAAGACAAAGCCCGGGUCUAGCAUGGUCCAGCGCAUCUUCCAGGGCAAGCUCAAGGUCGAGUCGCAGGCCAUCACAGCCAAAGCCGACGCCAACGACCGCCUGCGCUUUGAAGAAGCCGCCGAGGUCAAGACCGACAUGAGCCGAUUUCUCCUGCUGACACUCGACCUGCCGGCCACGCCCCUCUUUCAGGACGAGCUCGAGCGCAACAUUAUUCCCCAGGUCCCGCUGACCACGAUCUUGUCGAAAUACGACGGCGUGAAAGCGCAAGAACACCUCGCCCAGCGCAAGCGGUAUCGCCUCGUCCACCCAUUGCCGCCGUACCUUAUCUUCCACAUCAAGCGCUUCUCGACCAACAAGUUUGUUGCCGAGCGCAACCCAACCAUUGUCACCUUUGACGCGCGCGUAGGGCUAGACAUGGCCCCUUACGUGGAGCCCAACCCGGCGGAACACUCCCCCGGAGAGCCGAUCAUGUAUGACCUUGUCGCAAACGUGGUGCACGAGGCGGUCCGGGCAAAAGAGGACGUCGGCGACACUGGCGAGGAGCGCAAGACGUGGAAGGUCCAGCUGCGCGACAAGGGGACGGACUCGUGGGUGGUGUGCCAGGACCUGUUUGUUGAGCAGGCGCAGAAGGAGCUGCUGUACCUCGGCGAGUCGUACCUGCAGAUAUGGGAGCGCCGGAGAGAGCCGAAGGCAGGGAAGAAGAGGGCGUCGUGAUGACAGCGGUGGCAGUGCAGAGAUGGCAUUUAAAUUUUGCCCGGCACAUGGAACGAAAUAAAAUGAGAUACCCUGCA